AUGGUAGCGACCGUCCUGACUAAAGAUGGUAAACCCAUGUAUCAAAUCCCCAUUUCUCAACGUCCUUCCCAUGGUCCAUUAUACAGUAAAAUAUUCUUUCCACUUCUCUUCUGUCUAGGGCAAUUAUUUAUCAACACUACUCAAUUUUUAUGUCUACCUCUACUGCUCGUACCUGUGGUAGGGAGGAGAUCGUUUGAUUCAGCUAUCGGCUGGACCAAAGAUGGUUAUGGAAGAUUAUUGAUAGCUAUUACAUGUCUAUUCGCACCACAUUCCAUCAUACUCACUACCGAUUCACCACCAUCACUCACCGACUUGGUGGAACGUGAUGAAAAUGGUCGAAUGACGAAAAUCAAUUUACCAGAUAGACUAGUGAUCAUGUCGAAUCAUCAAGCGUAUUCCGAUUGGAUGUAUUUAUGGAUUCUAGCUUGUUAUUCUGGUCAUGCUAAGGGUAUUAUUAUUUUAUUGAAGAUAAGUUUGAAAAAGUUACCUGUGGUGGGAUGGGGAAUGCAAUUCUUCAACUUUAUAUUCAUGCGUCGAUCUUGGAUUGCGGACAAAACAAAUCUCACAAAAGCUUUACUCGAUCUAGGUCGUAAAUCUCAAUCCAAAAUUGAAAAAUACCCUUCAGAUAAAUCUUCUUUACUUUCCAAUUCCAGUCGAGCACCAUUAUGGUUGAUAAUCUUCCCUGAAGGAACGAUAACUUCAGACGAAGAAGGUAUAAAAUCAAAACGUUAUGCCGAUAAAGAAAAUAUAGAAGAUUUUGAAACUUUGUUGUUACCACGUUCCACAGGUCUUUUAUUCUCUUUAAGAACUUUAUUACCUCAAAUACCAGAUUUAAAACUUAUGGACGUAACUAUUGGAUAUCCAGGUGUGAAAAUCGGUGAAUAUCCUCAAAAUCAUUAUGGUCUUUUAAGUAUUUUUUUAAAUUCAAUACCACCACCUUGUAUACAUAUACAUUUACAUAUCUACGAUCAAUUAUCUUCUCUUACUUCUGGAAUACCUUCUUUGGUUCCUACUUCUUCAACUGGUGAAGUGACUUCUGAAAUAGGUUUGGCAAGUCCUGAAGAGGCCAAGGAGUUUGAACUUUGGUUAAGAGGAGUGUGGAGGGAAAAGGAAGAACGUAUGAAGAGGUUUUAUAAGGAUCAAAGAUUUUAUUCUCAAGAAGGAGGGGAAGAUGCAAGAGAGGUCAUACCUAUUAAUCAAACAAAUUGGUGGCAUUGGAUAGGUGCUGCAGGUGGAGGAGGUAUAGGUACCGUCGCAUUGUUAAGUUGGGUGAUAUGGCGCAUGAUAAAAUAA